AAGCCCCUUCAGAAAAUCUUGCAGGAAGAGUGGGAACGUCGGCUGCACGAUGUGCAGGUUUCCAAGAAUGACCUGAAUCGCCUUGUGAUGGACUACCUCGUCAUAGAGGGCUAUAAAACCGCAGCGGAGGAGUUCAGCCGCGAGACCGGCAUGGAGUCUCCUGUCGAUUUCGAAAGCAUCGAGAGUAGGAUGAAUAUUCGUGAGGCAUUGCAGCGCGGGGAUGUGGGUGACGCCAUCACACGCGUCAAUGACCUUAAUCCGGAGAUUUUGGACACCAAUCCUGCGUUGUACUUUCACCUCCAACAGCAACGGCUCAUCGAGUACAUUCGCCAAGGCAAUGUUGCGGAGGCACUGCGGUUCGCUCAGGAAGAGUUAGCCCCGAGGGGCGAGGAAAGUCCGGAGUUUUUGUCUGAACUCGAGCGGACGAUGGCGCUUCUGGCGUUCGAAUCCUCACCCAUGGCCCCGCCAGCCGUGACUGAACUCCUAUCACCGGCACAGCGCAUGAAGACAGCCGGCGAGGUGAAUGCGGCCAUCUUGGAGAGUCUAAGCCAAGGCAAGGAGGCGAAGCUGGUCGGCUUAUUGCGACUUCUGCAUUGGGGCGAGAAUCUACUGGGCGAGCGGGCAGAGUUCCCAAAGGUACGGCAUUAG